UGAAUCGACAUCACAAUGUGGUGAAAAAACAUUACGAUAUGGUGAAUCGAUAUCACGAUAUGGUGAAUCUACACCACGAUAUGGUGAAUCUACAUCACGAUAUGGUGAAUCUACAUCACGAUAUGUUGAAUCUACAUCACGAUAUGGUGAAUCGAUAUCACGAUAUGGUGAAUUUACAUCACGAUAUGGUGAAUCUACAUCACGAUAUGGUGAAUCAAUAUCACGAUAUGGUGAAUCUACAUCACGAUAUGGUGAAUCUACAUCACGAUAUGGUGAAUCUACAUCACGAUAUAGUGAAUCUACAUCACGAUAUGGUGAAUCGAUAUCACGAUAUGGUGAAUCUACAUCACGAUAUGGUGAAUCUACAUCACGAUAUGGUGAAUCAAUAUCACGAUAUGAUGACGUCGUGGUGAAUCUAUGCCACGAUUUGGUGAAUCUACAUCACAACGUGGUGAAUGAACAUUCCGAUAUGAUGAAUUCACGUCACGAUUUGGCGAAUCGAUACAACGACAUGGUGAAUCUACAUCAUGAUACUGAAACUCCUCAUCACAGUAUGGCAAUUGAACAUAAUAUUGUGAUUGGACAUCACGAUGUGAAAAAUAGACAUCAUAACGUGACAAUACAAACUUCUACAUAA